AUGCACAUUAUGAAGUCUGUUAUCGUUAAAGCACGCCCUCUACGAUGUGAAAUUAUCGACGUUCCCAUCCCAGAGCCAGGACCAGAUGAAGUCCUCAUCAAAGUCAUAUAUUGCGCCAGUAACCCACGCGACUGGAAGGCGCCCGAUCACCUUAUUCCUGGUGUUGAAAUAAAUCAAGGGAAUGAAAUGUCUGGAGUUAUCGAGGUUGUUGGAAGCAAUGUCUACGAAUUCCGGAAAGGCGAUCGAGUUGCAGCAGCGCAUCCUAUGCAGACAGAGAAUGGCACUUAUGCAGAGUAUGCGACUGCUCCUAUAAAUACGUGCUUUUUGCUGCCUCCAAAUAUCUCAUUCGAAGAGGCUUGUACCAUACCGUUUGCCUUAUGUACAGCAGCCAUUGGAUUAUACCAACGUCUCAAAAUACCGUUUCCGACAUCUCCAGAGAGCUCACGUGUUCAAACUCCGCUCAUUGUCUAUGGAGGAAGUUCUUCCAUUGGAGCCUUUACACUGAAACUAGCAAAGAUGGGACGCUUCGAAAAGGUCAUUGUAGUAUGUGGAUCUGGUAGGCCAUAUAUAGAAUCCUUUGGCGUUGUUACAAAUUUCGUCGAUUAUCGGAAUGGUAACGUCGUUAAUGAUUUAAAAGCUGCCCUUGGAGGACAAAAGUGCUUUCAUGCUGUUGAUGCCAUCAAUGAUGGUAACAGCUUUCGACAUCUAUCGGAAGUUUUGGCGCCAGAAGGAGCUCGUAUGGCUGUAUAUCUACCCCGUCUAGAUUACAGCUGCAUUCCCGCAUCAAUAUCUAUUGCGAUCACUUUCUUCGGCACCGUCCACGGCCAAGCGACUCCAAUUAGCAAUGAAGUAUUCGAAGAAGAUGUAGAUUUUGCGUACGUUUUCUUUCGACUGGUCGGUCGAUGGAUUGCUGAGGGCAAAAUGAGUGGGCACCCAUAUGAGGUUCUGCCGCGCGGGCUGCAGUCCGUUGAGGAUGGUUUACGGAUAUUGAAGGAGGGAAAUGUGAGCGCUAAGAAACUCAUCUAUAGAGUGGCAGAUACGCCUUGCCUUUAG